CAUACCAAAGAAGUAUUUUACCCGGAUCACGGAAACAACGGUUCGCGUGCUAUUGUUUCAGACGCUUCACCAUGUCACAAUUCCUUAGCUACCUCCUCAUCCUCUCCUUCUCCUUCUUCAUCAACUCCUUAGGCACCAAUUCUAUUCCUUUAUGCCUACCACAAUACUGCGGUGAGGAUAUCAUCAGGUACCCUUUUUGGGUUCGUAGUGAAAGCUCCUUUGAUCAGCAAUAUUGUGGCUACCCGGGGUUUGGCGUUAGGUGCGAGAACGACAAGGCCGUACUUGGCUUACCCGGUGACCGGAACUACUCCGUGAAAGAUAUAAAUUAUACCAACCAUACCCUAACCCUUGUUGAUAUUGAUGUCACCACCAACCAAAGGUGCCCAAGACCACGUCAAAACUUUUCUCUAGAGACGCUACCUUUGAACUAUUCUUCAAUGGAUUUGAAUCUCAGUUUUUACUUUAAUUGCAUUUCCUACCCUCCAAAUGUGCCUUUCAUCCCGUGCUUGAGUAUUAGUAGCAACCGGUCUUUUGUUUUUGUGGAGAAUCAUGAGACGGAGGGCUUUGAUUGGUCAAAGAAUUGCAAGGAGAAAGUGGUAGCGACAGUUAGACAUAUACAGACUGAGAUUAAUAUUGAUGAUUUGAUUGUUCGGUUUGGUGUGGCUAUGAAUGAUGGCUUUGUGCUUGAUUGGGGAAGAGAUAAGGAUUGUGUUACAUGUGAGAACUCUGAAGGGUAUUGUGGAUACAACGCUACGGCUGAGGAGUACUUGUGCGUUUGCAACGAUGGAAGCACAAAUAGUAACAGCUGCAAAGAUAAGCGAGGAAGUAAGUGGUUCAAGUAUGUUUUAGGUGCUGGCUCAUGUCUCAUAAUGGUCCUUCUAAUACUGGGCGUCAUAUUCUUUAUCCAUCGAUGCCACAUGAAGAAGAAAUAUGAUCCCUCAACCUUACUCAGUCGAAGCAUCUCUUAUGAUCCCUCUGGAACGACAGAUCUUGAGGCAUUUGUUAGAAAUUACGGACCACUAUCGCUAAACAGAUAUAAAUUCUCAGAUGUCAAGAAAUUCACCAAUUCAUUUAAGGUUAAACUGGGUCAAGGAGGCUAUGGUGGUGUCUACAAAGGAGAGCUACUCAAUGGUCGUCUCGUAGCUGUGAAGGUCCUGAAUGCAUCAAAAGGAAUUGGAGAUGAAUUUAUCAAUGAAGUUGCAAGCAUCAGUAGAACUUCCCAUGUUAAUAUUGUCACACUUCUUGGAUUUUGUCUUGAAGGUAAAAAAAGAGCUCUCAUCUAUGAGUUUAUGCCAAAUGGAUCACUUGAAAAGUUUAUACACAGUGACAACACGGAGACAACCACUAUGCCCUUAGGAUUGGAAAAAUUGUUCCAAAUUGCAAUCGGUAUUGCCCGGGGGCUUGAGUACUUGCACCGUGGCUGCAAUACUAGAAUCUUGCAUUUUGACAUAAAACCACAUAACAUUCUUCUAGAUGAAAAUUUUUCCCCAAAGAUCUCUGAUUUUGGACUAGCUAAACUUUCUCCAAGGAAUGUGAGUAACAUAUCAAUGGCAGUAGCUAGAGGGACAAUAGGGUAUAUAGCUCCAGAAGUGUUCAUUAGAAGCUUUGGAGUAGUUUCACACAAAUCUGAUGUCUAUAGCUAUGGAAUGAUGAUUUUGGAGAUGGUUGGAGGAAAAAAGGACAUUGAUGUUGUGAUAAGUGAUACCAGUGAGAUAUAUUUUCCACAUUGGAUUUAUAAGCGUCUUGAACAGUACAAUGAUUUAGGAUUUCCCAUUAACAUGACUACAGAGGAAACCGCAAUGGUGAGAAAGAUGAUCUUAGUGGGUUUGUGGUGCAUACAGACAAAUCCAUCUGAUAGGCCAUCCAUGAGUAAAGUAAUUGAAAUGUUAGAAGGAAACAUAGAAGCAUUGCAAAUCCCUCCAAAACCUUUCUUAUCGUCACCUCCAAGAUCUCCCGCAGAAGAAUCCUCCACAUAUUAAUACUAUGUAAUAAUACCUAUAGAUACAUUUUUUUCUUGAUAACUUUUUUAUUAUUAUCUUACAUUUAAUUUAAGGAUUGGGCUCCUUGAAGACAA